UGGGAGAAUCAUCUGAAACAUUACCAUAUGCCCUUGUCUCUCAGUUGGUCCCAUGACUCCUAUCUCAUAUUCAUAGGCCCUCCUUUACCAAUAAUUCAAGUAGCCUUCUCAUAUCCUUUUAUCUCUAUAUAUUCAUGGUUGCAAGCAUUUUAGAACCAAUACAAAUCAUCCACAUCCUGAAGAAUCCGAAAUUCACAAGCCUGAACUUCCAAGUCUUUUUUAGACAAUUUUCUUCUCAAGUCUCAGCAAUACAAUACAACAAUGGGUUUUCGUCUACCUGGUAUCAGAAGGGCAUCAUUUGCUGCAAACCAAGCAUCUUCAAAAGCUGUGGAGGUGCCAAAGGGCUAUCUUGCAGUCUAUGUUGGAGAGAGAAUGAAGCGGUUUGUGAUCCCGAUAUCAUACUUGACCCAAUCUUCAUUCCAAGACUUGUUGAGUCGAGCUGAGGAAGAGUUUGGAUAUGAUCAUCCCAUGGGUGGUCUUACAAUUCCUUGCAGUGAAGAUGUCUUCCAAAACAUAACUUCCCCCUUGAAUGGACUAUAAAUCUCGUAGUGUAGAAGACUGACAGAUUUGUAGAGACAUUUUGUAGACUAGGCAUCUUCUCAGUUUGUAAAGAUUUCCUUUUAGAGAAAUAGGAGAAAAGAAAAGACCAUUAGAAUGACAAAUUUGUUUCUUUUAUUUUUGUUUAAUGACAAGGAAUUCAACUACUCAAGCAGUUCCUCUGUUUUUUCUUUUUAUUAGUUACAUUGCCAAUGUUCACUUCCUGAGUAGGGGCAUGGUUGCUCGCUAUAAUAAGAGAAACCAGAAUUGGUUGUCCU